AGGAGAAAGAGAAACAAAAGAGGGAGAAGAAGGAGAGAGAAAGACAAGAGAUGGAGGAGAAAGAAACAAAAAAGGAGAAGGCUAGAGAAAGUCAGGAGAGUGAAGGAGAGGAGGAGGAGGAGAGAAUAAGUCAGGACAAAGAGGAGACACACAGAAGGGAGACCAGGGCUCCAAGUGGUGGCUUCUUUUCAAGACUAAACACUUGGUGGCUCAGUUUCCAGAGGGACAAAUACAUCAAAGCCAUCAACAGAAGCUAUGAGGAUGAGUGGUUCAUCGCACUUGAUAUUUCAGGUGACACUACGCAACAGAAGGAGCAAAAAAUACAAAGGGAGUACUACAUAAGGAGGGAGCUGUUUGGGUUCAAACGACAAAAAGAGCGAGAGCAGGAGAGGCAAGAAGAGAAGCAAAGACUUAAGAGAGAGAGGAAGGGAAAAAGGCUGUAUCUAGAACAGGGAGAGACAAAGAGUCGCACAGAGGGCCCGGAAAAACGUGCAGAAAGAGAGGAGCCAGGGAUGGGUAACAGAACUAGCACCUUAUCGCCAACUUCAAGUGUUGCGCUGCAGCAGAAUGAUCUAACUGGAUUUUCAUUUUAUCUUGGGAACUGGCGAGCACUUCCUUUGCAAAGGAACGAGUAUGGUGCAAACGUUCCCGGAAUUUGCUCACAUAAUCCAGCACAUUCAUCUCCCAGGACAAUUCGGCCAAGAGGAAUUUAUCCUUAAGCACUUGGGGGCCACAAGCAGUAUGACCAAAAACCAGUUCCCCUGGACUGAAGCCUAAGGAUUCCUGCACUGACUCACGGGCUGCAAAAGGGAUGCCCUCAUUCCAGCUUUUGCCUGUCUCCAAACAAUAUUUUCACAGGAUGGACUUUAAAGUUUGGUGUCAUCACUCCAGUGCCCCCUGAGAUUCCGGAUGACAUGCACUGGAGACGACGUGUCCUACAUCUAGAGACUUAAGGACCUGCUUGAAGAGCUUGGAUUGAAAAUUUGUGCCUUGGUGUGUCUGUACAAUUUUUGGCAAACCGACAGUGGAGAAGAACUUAGUUAGAGCCCUGACAACAGAACUAGCCGUGAUUUUAAGCAGAAGCACUGUUUCAGGAAAACGAGUGGAUAUGCACAUAAUGGUGAAUAGAUACUGAUUCCCUGCUUUUGUUCUGGGUAGUGGACCAACACAAUCUACUAAAACUCUCUCAAAUGGCUCUCCUAUGGCGGGUAUAGGGUGCAGCAGAGCUGGAGGAAUAACCUGGUUUGGUUUACCUGCUAGCUGACAAACACGACAAGUGCGGCAAUGCUUAGUAACGUCAGAUUUUAGACACGACCAGAAAAUGUGUCUCAAAAUGAGAUGAUAGGUUUUGUUGUAGAUUGUGGGCACGACAAUUUGGUGAAGGUCAUCCCAAUCUAAACUCUCAGCUACCAUCGGUGACCAUUUGCGCAUGAGAACGCCAUUAUCAACAAAAUAGCUUACGGCUUCAUCAUUACUUGGGUCAGUAUUCACCACAGCAGCGAAACAUUUUCGCAGGCUUUGAACUGCCUGCUGAGCAGCAAUGAGCCACUCACAAAAAAAUGAAAAUGU